AUGGCUGGCGUGAAGUCUGAUAACGCGCUCUCUCGCUAUGCAUCGUGCAUGCGAAAAAUUUCCACUAUGAAAACACGUUCUUCAUGGAGACACCGUGCGGCUCAGCACUACAAGAAAACACCCACAGAGAAAGCUUUAUUAAAAGCUAAACGAAAACAACACCGUACGGAAUACACAGAAGCUCUUGCUGCAGCCUGGAAUGUUGUGAUGGAGCAAGCUACUUUACUGCACGAGAAGUUUGGUCGUCACUCGGUCAACUACUACUUCGAGGAAAUCAUGCAACGCUCGAGGAUACGCAAGGGCACACGUAAGGCCUGUCACAACCCAAAUAACGAAUAA